AUGACCAACGUAGCUAGAGAGCUCCUGAAGAAGCAAUUUUUAGAACUGUCUCGCGACCACGACGCCGGUUUUUCCGUCGGACUCGUUGACGACGCAAAUUUCUUCGAAUGGAACGUAUGCUUUGAAGGGCCAAAAAAUACGCUAUAUGAAGGGGGUAUAUAUAAUGCCACCCUUUCUUUUCCCACGGAUUUUCCAAACCAUCCCCCACAAAUGAAGUUUACCCAGGAAAUGUGGCACCCCAAUGUUUUCCCGGAUGGAAGGGUCUGCAUAAGCAUAUUACACCCUCCAGGUGUGGAUAUCUACAACGAACAGGAGAAGUCGGAGGAACGAUGGAGACCCAUUUGGUCCGUCGAAGGAAUCUUAAUCAGCGUCAUUUCGAUGCUCAACGAGCCCAACCUUGAAUCUCCUGCGAAUGUGGACGCGGCAGUUCAAAUAAAGAAUAAUCUAAGCGAGUACAAAAAGAAGGUUCGAGCUCUGGCCCGGAUGUGCUAA